AUGCCCGGGGAAGUGGGGGGCAGCAAGCACACUCACUGCAGGGGCUGUGUCUUCUUCCCCUGCCCCAUGCCCGGGAGAAACACCAUGCCAAGAUGCCCCACAGCACCUUCCAGCCACCACCGGGACCACUGUGGACAGUGGACAGCAGCGUGGACCUUCCUGCCGAAGAUGCCAUUCAUCCUGUGGCUGCUGCUCUUGGACACCUCCCUGCCUGCUGUGAGGGGCCAGACCACAGUUCCUCUGGAAACAGUGAAGCUAUGGGCUGAUACCUUUGGCAGGAAUCUGUACAACACGGUGACCAGAUACUCAGGCUCUCUCCUGCUGCAGAAGAAGUACAAGGACGCAGAACCCAGUCUGAAGAUCAAAGAGGUGGAUGGCUUGGAGCUGGUGAAGAAGUUCUCGGAAGACAUGGAGACCAUGCUUCGGAGGAAAGCCGAGGCCAUUAAGAGCCUGGUGGAGGCCGCCGAGGAGGCUGACCUGAAUCAUGAAUUCAAUGCAUCUCUGGUGUUUAACUACUACAACUCGGUGCUAAUCAAUGAGAAGGAUGAGAAAGGCAACUACGUGGAGCUGGGAGACGAGUUUCUCCUCGAGUCCAAUGCGCACUUCAGCAACCUGAGGGUGAAUGUCUCCAUGAGCAAUGUACAGCUGCCCACCAACGUGUACAACAAAGACCCAGACAUUUUAAAUGGGGUCUAUAUGUCCGAGGCCCUGAACCCCGUGUUUGUGGAGAACUUCCAGAGAGACCCUACCCUGACCUGGCAGUAUUUUGGCAGCUCAACUGGGUUCUUCAGGCUCUAUCCAGGGAUAAAGUGGACACCUGAUGAAAAUGGAGUCAUUGCCUUUGACUGCAGAAACCGUGGCUGGUACAUACAAGCUGCCACUUCUCCCAAGGACAUAGUGAUUCUGGUGGACGUGAGCGGCAGCAUGAAGGGCCUGAGGAUGGCUAUUGCCAAGCACACCAUCACUACCAUUUUGGACACCCUGGGGGAGAAUGACUUCGUGAAUAUCAUUGCGUACAAUGAGUACGUGCACUACAUCGAGCCCUGCUUCAAAGGCAUCCUGGUCCAGGCAGACCGAGACAACCGAGAGCAUUUCAAGCAGUUGGUGGAUGAACUGAUGGUCAAAGGCGUGGGCGUUGUGAGUCAAGCCCUGAUCGAGGCUUUCGAGAUCCUGAAGCAGUUCCAAGAGUCCAGACAAGGAAGUCUCUGCAACCAGGCCAUCAUGCUUAUCUCUGAUGGAGCCGUGGAAGACUAUGAGCCCGUGUUUGAGACAUAUAACUGGCCAGACCGCAAGGUCCGAGUUUUCACUUACCUUAUCGGAAGGGAAGUGACGUUCGCUGACCGCAUGAAGUGGAUUGCCUGCAACAACAAAGGCUACUACACACAAAUCUCCACACUGGCUGAUACCCAGGAGAACGUGAUGGAGUACCUGCAUGUGCUCAGCCGUCCCAUGGUCAUCAACCACGACCACGACAUCAUCUGGACAGAGGCGUACAUGGACAGCAGGCUCUUCACCUCAGAGGCACAAAGCCCAAUGCUCCUCACCACGGUGGCCAUGCCAGUCUUCAGCAAAAAGAACGAAACACGAUCCCACGGCAUUCUCCUGGGUGUCGUGGGCUCUGAUGUGGCCCUGAGAGAGCUCAUGAAACUGGCACCCCGCUAUAAGCUUGGGGUGCAUGGAUAUGCCUUUUUGAACACUAACAAUGGCUACAUCCUCUCUCAUCCUGACCUCAGGCCUUUGUACCGAGAAGGCAAGAAGCUGAGACCCAAACCCAACUACAACAGCGUGGAUCUCUCAGAAGUGGAGUGGGAGGACCAAGCUGAAACUCUGAGAACCGCCAUGAUCAACGGGGAAACGGGUUCUCACUCCAUGGACGUGAAGGUGCCUCUGGACAAAGGGAAACGAGUUCUAUUCCUGACCAAUGACUAUUUCUUCACGGACAUCAGUGACACUCCUUUCAGCUUGGGAGUGGUGCUGACCAGAGGCCACGGAGAAUACAUCCUUCUGGGAAACACAUCUGUGGAGGAAGGCCUGCACGACUUGCUUCAUCCGGACCUGACCCUGGCCAGCGACUGGAUCUACUGCAUCACGGAUAUUGACCCGGACCACCGGAAGCUCAGCCAGCUGGAAGCUGUGAUCCGCUUCCUGACAGGGAUGGAUCCAGACCUGGAGUGUGACGAGGAGCUGUUGCGGGAGGUGCUGUUUGACGCGGUGGUGACAGCCCCCAUGGAAGCCUACUGGACAGCACUGGCACUCAACAUCUCUGAAGAGUCGGAGCCUGGCGUGGAUGUGGCCUUUCUGGGGACCAGGGCUGGCCUUCUAAGAAGAAGCUUGUUCGUGGGAUCUGAGAAAAUCUCUGAUAGGAAGUUCCUGACACCUGAAGAUAAAGCCAGUAUUUUUACCCUGGACAACUUCCCACUGUGGUAUCGGCAGGCUUCUGAGCAGGCCCCAGGCAGCUUUGUCUUCAAUCUCUGCUGGGCAGAGGGACCAGACAGCCCAGGCAAGCCAGUGGCGGUAAGGGCCAGCACCGCAAUAACUGUGACAGUGGACGGGAAGACGGCCAUCGCAGCAGCCGUGGGCAUCCAGAUGCAAGCAGAUUACCUCCAGAGUCAGUUCUGGGCAGCCAUGCAACAGUGCAGCACUCUAGAGGGGCCAUGCCCGAAAAGCUGCGAGGACGCCGAUCUGGACUGCUUCGUCGUAGACAACAAUGGCUUCAUUCUGAUCUCAGAGAGACCCCAAGAGAUGGGAAGACUUCUGGGGGAAGUGGAUGGCGCUCUCAUGACGCAGCUCCUCAGCAUGGGGGUGUUCAGCCGUGUGACCAUGUAUGACUACCAGGCCAUGUGCAAGCCUCCAGAUCAUCACCACAGUGCAGCCCAGCCCCUGAUCAGUCCUCUCUCUGCCUUCUGGAUGGUGGCCAGAUGGCUACUGCAUGAGUUUCUGCUGUUCCUGCUAGAGUGGAGCGCUUGGGGAUCUUGGGACGACAAAGGGUCAGAGGCCAAAGCUGUCUUCCAUUACUCCCACAAGCAUAAGAAACAGGACCUGCUGCACCCCUGUGACACAGAGUACCCAGUGUUUGUACACCAGACCGCCAUUCAGGAGGCCAACGGGAUCAUCGAGUGUGGGGCCUGCCAGAAGACAUUUGUGAUGCAACAGAUUCCCAGCAGCAACCUGCUCCUGCUAGUGACAGACAGUACCUGUGACUGCAGUGCCUACUCUCCUAUCCUCCAGGAGGCCACAGAAGUCAAAUAUAACGCCUCGGUCAAGUGUGACAGGAUGCGCUCCCAGAAGCCCCGGCGACGACCAGGCUCCUGUCAUGCCUUCCAUCCAGAGGAGAAUGCUCAGGACUGUGGCGGCGCUUCAGACACUGUACCUUCGCUCCCUCUGCUCCUGCUAUCGCUGUGGGCCUGGCUGCUUCUGCCCCAGCUUCUGUGGUGACCCCAGCCCAUCUGACUCCCACAGAAGGGGGACCCUAAAAGAGACAUUCUACAAAGUCACCAUCUGAUGAGGGCCCAGCUCAUCAGAUGGGCGUGCUCUCGGUUUCAGUCCUGGGCUACCGGUCUCUGCCUCCUAGAGAUUGCUGGAAGGAUCCCCACGGCUCUCCAGGGUACCAGCCACCCCAAGCUUUCUACUCUUGUCUCU